GCUGCGCCCACGCUCAAAUGUCUCUACUGCGCAGUCGCCGAUGCAACGAACGCAGUAAGAGAAAGGAGACGCAAUAAUGGCCCUUGAUAAUUUAAUUUUCGCCCAAUGCAUCCUCUAUUUUUUGGCGUUUGUGUUUGGUUUUAUUGCCGUAGUGCCUCUCUCUGAAAACACGGAGGAUUUUCAUGGAAAAUGCUUGCUUUUCACGCGUGGUAUGUGGCAGAAUGAGAACAUCACAGUCUCAAAGCAGCGCUUUAUCGUUGAGGAGUGGGGACCAGAGUCUUCCUGCAGUUUCAUCACUUUUGUCGGGAUAGCAUCUCUCAUCCUGUCCGCAGUGCAGUCAUGGAGACUGCUGUUGUUUCUUUUCAAAGGCCACGACGAUUCCCUGUUCAAUGCCUUCCUGAAUCUGUUGAUCAGCUCCUUGAUGGUGUUCACAGUGUUCCUCUCCAGCACCAUCAUUAGUGUGGGCUUCAACUUGUGGUGUGACGCCAUCACAGAGGGCGGGGGCAUGCCCAGCAGCUGUGAGGACAUGCAGGACACCGAUCUGGAGUUAGGAUUGGACAACUCCUCGUUCUAUGACCAGUUUGCCAUUGCCCAGUUUGGUCUGUGGGCAGCGUGGCUGACGUGGCUGGGCAUCACGGUCAUGGCCUUCCUCAAGGUCUACCACAACUACCGCCAGGAGGACCUUCUGGACAGUCUGAUCCACGAGAAGGAGCUGCUGCUUGGACACUCGUCCCACCGGGGCUCCGAUGCCAACCAGUUGAAGAGCGGCAUGAUCUAACACCCAGAGGGCACGUGCACAUUACUGACACAUAUCCUCCUCCAACUGCCAGCCCCUGUCAAUCUACACUGAGUGUACAAAAGAUUAGGAACACCUUCCUAAUAUUGAGUUUCACCCCUUUUUGCCCUUAGUCAGCCUCAAUUGGUUGGGGCAUGGACUCUAUAAGGUGUCGAAAGCGUUCCACAUGGAUGCUGGCCCAUGUUACCCAUGUUAUUAAGUUGGUUGGAUGUCCAUUUGAUGGUGUACCAUUCUUGAUACACACAAGAAACUGUUGAGUGUGAAAAACCCAGCGGCGUUGCAGUUCUUGAUACAAACCGGUGCGCCUGAGACCUACUACCAUACUGCACUUAAAUCUUUUGUCUUGUCCAUUCACCCUCCCUCUGAAUGGCACACAAACACAAUCCAUGUUUUUAUUUUACCUUUAUUUUACUAGGCAAGUCAGUUAAGAACAAAUUCUUAUUUUCAAUGACGGCCUAGGAACAGUGGGUUAACUGCCUUUUAAGGGGCAGAACGACAGAUUUGUACCUUGUCAGCUCGGGGGUUUGAACUUGCAACCUUUCGGUUACGAGUCCAACGCUCUAACCACUAGGCUACCCUGCCACCCCAAAUGUCUCAGUAGUCUCAAAGCUUAAAAAUCAUUUUUAACCUAUAUCCCCCCUUUCAUCUACACUGAUUGAAGUGGAUUUAACAGGUGACAUCAAUCAAUAAGGGAUCAUAGCUUUCACCUGGAUUCACCUGAUAAGAACAGGUGUUCUUAAUGUUUUGUACACUCAGUGCAUUUUCAAUCAAGUGAAAUCCAUUAACUGUUUUUAGAGGGCAUAAUAAUGAUGUCUUGCUUGGACAUACUCCUCCUUAUAUGUUUCCUGAUUUUCCCCUUGAAAAUGCUGCUGUUGACUGUAAAGCACUGUAGGGUAAAGAGAUUCCGGCUGUAUUAUGGAGCUGAUUCAAUCCAUUUGUCCACUUGCUAUAUUUGUAUUUGAUAAUCAGUUACUGCUGACAUGUCUUCCCCUUCAGGGCACACACUGGAGCGUAAAUGAGCUCAGAAAAUCAAGGUCAUUUAAUGAGGAUAGAAAUGGUGCAUUGAGACUCGUUUUUACCGUGAUUUCCAUUUAGCUGCACAUAGAUGGUGACUCACACAAGGUGGUUAAAGAAUGGUUCAAAUGGAUCAUAUUUUCUUUGUUUUCAUUUUUUGCAUGUACUGUGUGAAUAUAGACAGUGUGAGCAGGCUGACAUUUUUUUUGUGUUGGGCAAUAUAUUAUUUUGUAACAGUCGAAUACAUUCAUGAUAGGCUUUCAGUAAUGUGUGAAUUCUUUGCAUGCAUGCAGCAACAGAGUAUGAUGUAUGAUUUUCAGUCUAUUAUUCAGUAUCUACAAUUACCAAACAGUAUUUUAAAAAAAAUGAAAAGUGUACUUUGUAAGAACUUUAUCAGUGAACUUAAACUGACUGCAACAGAUCUCAGGAUGAAAUGCCUGAAAAUCACAUAAGUAGCUAAAUCAGUCAAUCUUUUCAUCCUGAUAAUCAUAAAAGCUCAGGUUGGCCCCUCCUUUGUUAUUUGACACAAUCUUGACGCAAAAAAAAUGUUUUGACAGUGAGUGAGAAGCCUGUAACAUAGACGGGAUGACACAUUAUCCAAGGCUAGUUCUGUGUUGUUGUGCGUGAGGAAAUGUAGCCCGCGGCGUGGAAAGAUGGAUCAUCAUUUUAUUGCACACAUGCAUGCUCUCGCUCUCACGCCAACGCACACACGUGAACACACACACACACACACACACACACACACACACACACACACACACACACACACACACACACACACACACACACACACACACACACACACACACACACACACACACACACACACACACACACACACAAAUUCAAAGCAUGUUAGACUUGUUAGACCACCCUCACUGACUUUGGUAUGCAAUGACAGUUUUAUUUAAAAUUAUUCAAUUAAAUAAAAAAAGAUAGAAACUAAGAAAUCCUUCUAAAAGGCACCACAUACAGAUUGUCAGCAGUGAAAUGCAGCUACAAACCAAAAUGUGCAGAUACAGGCCAUGUUUACUUGCUAGGUAUUUGUGCUGCUAAUGACAGUAGCUCUGCUUGAGAGUGCAGAGAAAACCUUCAGUCUCAGUAUCUCUUCCAUUCAGACAUUGGUUGCAUCGUAUUGCUCAGAUUUUUUCCAACACUGACUCUUUCCUAUAGUUGUGUUCCCUGAAAGCUGUAUAAAGAAUAUGUAUUAUUGGAAACAA